AAAGAAAAAAGAAAAAGGAUAAGAAACAUUGAACGAAGGAAAAAAGAAAAAAAAAAAAAGAAAAGAACAAAGCAAAUCUUGAAGAAAGAAGGAGGAAGACUGAAAGAAGUAGAAAAAGAGAAAAAUGGAGUUGGUAUCGUUAACCUCAUCGACACCCUUGGCGUUGGCUUUGGCCCUGGCCUUUCUAUCAACGGCACGUCGUUGCGAUGGUGCAUCAGAAAGUAUCAUAGGAAGCAGGGAGACGUGCGACGUCGAGGGCGAAGAUUUCACCGUCGACAAGAUCCCAAACACAAGGUGUUUCAAUUGCAUUUGUAAGAACGGAUUCGUUGAGUGUUUGAAGCAUCAAUGUCCCAGUACCGAAGGUUGUUAUACCCUACUGGAAUCCCGGGACGACGAGUGUUGCCACAGGUGCAAAGGCUGCCUACGAAAUGGAGUUUAUCACGAGUCCGAGACAGAGUGGACCGAAGGAAAUGACCCAUGCCGGAUCUUCACUUGUAAAGCUGGGGUUAUCACCGAAUCUAGGCUACGAUGUUACACGCCUUGUUCAAAACCAAUACCAGCUGCGCCUGGCCAAUGUUGUCCUGUAUGUCCAGGAUGUUACGUGAACGGUCAAAAAGUAACGGCAGAGAGAUCUGUCACCACAACCGAGGAUCCCUGUGUGACCUGUAGAUGUAACAUGGGCCGAUUAACUUGCGCCAAACAAGCCUGUCCUGUUCUUCAUUGUCCAGCUUCUAGAAUCGUUCAUGAAUCCGGAGAUUGUUGUCCUCAUUGCAAAGGCAGUGGAAGAUUUUUAUCACCUCCUAAAGGUGCUUGCAUGUUGGGUACAGCCGUUCAUAAUUCUGGUUCUCAAUUUUACGUCGACGAGUGUACACGUUGCAUUUGUACCAAUUCCGUGAUAUCAUGCACAAAGGAAACAUGCCCGGUAUUGGAAUGCACCAGCGAGCAUCAGAUAACAUUGCCAAGUCGUUGUUGUCCUCAAUGUCCUUUAGUCGAGGAAAGUCGGGCAUCUUGCACGUACGGCGGCAGAACUUAUGGGGAUGGCGAAACUUGGAAGCUUGAUUCCUGCAAGGCAUGCGCUUGCAUGCAGGGUAAGGUACGAUGCGCUAUGCCGAUGUGUCCACCAUUGAACCUACCGUGUCCACCAAAUUCGAGAUUGGAGCAUCCCGAAGGACAGUGUUGUCCUCGUUGCGUGGAAAGUGAUGGUGUGUGUACUGUGUUUGGUGACCCCCAUUACCGCACCUUCGACGGUAAAUUCUUUAGCUUCAAAGGCGCGUGCAAGUAUCAAUUGGCUAGCGACUGCGUCGGACAUACGUUUAGCAUACGCGUGACGAAUGACGCAGGCUCGACGAGAUCUUCGGCAUGGACGAAAACGAUAGCCAUGAAGAUCGGCGAUCUUAAGGUGAAUCUGGGUCAGAAGAUGAAGGUAAAAGUGAACGGUAAGAAGGUCAACGUGCCGUACAGCGUGCCAAACAAGCUCGACGUUAACAGAACGGCCGACAGCAUAAUCGUAAAUACACAGAUUGGUAUUAAAGUUCUUUGGGAUGGUAUAAGUUUCCUUGAGAUAUCAGCGUCUACAUCGUACAGAGGUAGAUUAUGCGGAUUAUGUGGAAACUUUAAUUCUUUACCGAAAGACGAUUUCACGACACGACGUGGUAGAUUAUUACAAGAUCCUCAACCGUUCGGUCAAUCCUGGGCCGUUGGGGCAAAGAAGAUGUGCUCUCGUUCACGGACAAUUAAUCCAGAAAGGGAGAGACGUUGUAGAGGGAGGAAGGAUCAUCGAUUGUGCAAUCGCUUAAGGUCGCAGAUCUUUGAUCCCUGCCAUAAGAAAGUCAAUCCAACGAUGUACUAUAAAGCAUGUCUUCAGGAUAUGUGCGAGUGCCCGACCGAGCACUGUUAUUGCGAGUCUUUCAUGGCGUACGUUCACGAGUGCAAGAGAUUGGGUAUACAGUUGCCACAUUGGAGGAAAUCUACGAGAUGUCGUACCGUUUGGGAUCAAUCGAAUGAUCCUGUGCCUUUGAGCAAACGUUUGCAUUAACGUUUGCUUUAUAUUGCGAAAGAAGUCGAUGGACGAUAACGUGUAUAUUUUCUUUCUUUCUUUCUUUUUUUUUUUCCCCCCAUUUUCUUUUCUUUUUCUCUUAUUUUUUGUGUAUUUUUUUUUUAUGUAAUUUCUCUCUCUCUCUCUCUAUUUUCUUUCUCCCUACUCGUGCAUCUAGAGAAGAGACUCGUAACGUGCAUUAAGUGUACGCGUUUCCAUAACCGUGCGGUUCCUCCUCUAUAUCAUACGUUCGCAUAUCAUUUUGUACGUACACACGCAAUUUUUCUCUUCUCUAUUUCCCUCUCUCUCUCUCUCUCUCUCUCUCUCUCGUUCGUUCGUUCGUUCGUUAACUUUUUGACAGCGCUAUACCUAAUUCGUCUAGAAAGCAUUGCAAUCUGUAACACGAUUAUGUGCUCCAACGAGACGAAAAUCUACUAGUCAGCAUUUAAACGUCGAUACUAUUAUACGCAUUGAUGGUGAACGAGCUCCUCCUCCUCCUCCUCCUCCUCCUCUUCCUCCUCCUCCUCCUCCUCCUCCUCCUCCUUCUCCCUUCUUCCCUUCCUCUCUUAGCGAAUUAUCAACGAUGGUUCUCCAAGCUGAUAAGAGUAAUUUUUUUUAGAUGGAUUUCAUUACGAAAAAAUAAAAAAGAAUAAAAGAAAAGAAAAAAAAAUGAAAAAAAAAGAAAAUAGAAAAUGAAGAAAAAAACAUGAAAGAAAAAAAAAAAAAAGAAAAAAGAAUUGAGAAAACGAUAACGAGCAACAAUGAAGACACCCAAAAGAGAAUACUCAAAAUUCAGCAUGGUUGCCAUGGGACUGCGUUUAUCCAUGACUCCACGAGAAGAUUAAGAUCUCUGUUACGUUCGAAUUAAAUUGAGAAAAGUCGUCGAGAUAUCUUCUCGCCAGUGUCAAUACGAAAUCAUUUUUUUUCGUACCACGUUCACGAACGAUAAUAAUUUUUGUUUUUUUUUUUUCUUUUUUCCUGCGAACGAUUUUAAGCGACAAUGCAACCAACAUACGACGUAAUUCAUUUCUCUAGCGGCGAUUUAUUCAUUUUAAUGUUACAGAGCACCGUGCAGUAUUUCGGCCGAUGAGCAGGCUCGCGGCAUAGCAUGUACAUAUGCAUACGUACAUCCCCCCCCCCCCCCAAUGUAAUAACAUUCGAACGCGCAUCGAUCUAAUUUUUCGAUUAUUUUAGAAUUAAGAAGCGAUUCUUUUUUUUUUCUCUCUCUCUCUCUCUCUCUUUCUUUCUUUUUUUCGCGCUCUUUUCCUUCCGAUGCCCGCGAGUAUACUUUAUAUAUAAUAUAUAAAAUAUAUAUAUAUAUAUAUAUAUAUAUAUAUAUAUAUAUAUAUAUGUAUAUAUAUUAUCUACGUAACCGAUAACAACGCUGACUUAUUUUAGUUUAGUUUAUUACGUAUCGCAAAUAUUGUAUAUACGCUGCAAAAGAUAUGAUUUUUAUUAUUAUUAAGUGAAGCGAUCUCCUAGCCUCGACCUUUUCUUCUUUAUUUUUUUUUUCUUUUGUUUUUACUUCCUUUCUUUUUUAUUUUUUUUUUGUCUUCUUUAAAUAUUUUCUUUUCUUUUGUAUACUCUCACUCUUAUUCUCACUCUUAUUCUCUCUCUCUCUCUCUCUCUCUCUCUCUCUCUAUCUCUCUCUCUCCUACUUAUUUGCGUUUACAGCUGCUUUAAAUAAGUUAAACUUUCUUCUAAUUACUCGAUUUAAUCUCCAAAAUGUACAUAGAAAAAAUAUGAUGUAGUAAUAGACAACGUUGCAAAAAAUGAA